GUGUUUUGACUGUUUACUGUGGAGCUCCUCUCUUCUCCUGUUCAGCUCUAGUCCGAGCUGAAAGAGGCGGACAGUCAGCGUUUCCCGCUCCGGUUAGUAGCUGCAGUGGCCUGGCAGUACAGGUAUAAAGAAGAAGCAGGAGAAGGAUGGCGUCUGACUCUCCCCGCAGACCGAGCCGCUGUGCCGGGGGAGUUUUGGUCCGAGCUCAAGCUGCUACGGAGCAGUCGUACAUGGAAAGUGUUGUCACCUUCCUGCAGGAUGUGGUCCCUCAGGCAUAUACUGGAGCUCCACCUACUGAUGAGAAAGAAAAAAUCAUUUGGGUUCGAUUUGAGAAAGCGGACGUUAACGACACAGCUCGUAACCCAGAGUUUUUGGAGAUGCACAGUGGCACCUCAGACCCGCCCCUCUGCCUCAUGAUUGGCUACACUGAUGGCAUGCAGAUCUGGAGCAUAUCUUUGGCAGGAGAAGCCCAGGAACUGUUCUCGGUGCGUCAUGGACCUGUUCGAGCUGCUCGGAUUCUUCCUGCUCCUCACAUCAGUCCUCUGAAAGCAGACGGCUUUGCUGAGAAGAGGCCAUUGCUGGGGGUCUGCAAGAGCGCAGGCUCUUCAGGGACCAGCCCACCUUAUUGUUGUGCUGACUUGUAUUCUUUACGGACAGGCGAAAUGGUUAAAUCCAUUCAGUUCAAGACACCGAUCUAUGAGCUCCACUGCAACAAACAUAUUCUUGUGGUGAGCCUUCAAGAGAAAAUUGCAGCCUUUGACAGCUGCACCUUCACCAAGAAGUUCUUCGUUACAAGCUGCUAUCCGUGCCCGGGGCCCUGCCUCAAUCCAAUAGCUCUGGGAAGCCGCUGGCUCGCCUACGCUGAGAACAAGUUAAUAAGAUGUCACCAGUCUCAUGGAGGAGUCUGUGGUGACAACGCACAGUCCUACACAGCUACAGUGAUCAAUGCUGCUAAAACUUUGAAAACAGGCCUAACAAUGGUGGGCAAAGUUGUGACCCAGCUGGCAGGCACCCUACCGGCAGUCACACCCGACGAAGAGGGGACCCCUCACAGUGCGAGUCACCGCAGCCCCCAUAGUCCUGGUGUGAUCACCAUCAUUGACACAGACAAUGUUGGCGAAGGACAGGUCCUGGUGAGUGAGGACUCGGACGGAGAGGGAGUGGUGGCUCACUUUCCAGCCCAUGACAAACCCAUAUCCUGCAUGCAAUUCAACCCUAGUGGAAUGCUCCUGGUGACAGCCGACACGCUGGGCCAUGACUUCCAUGUCUUCAAGAUCCUCACCCAUCCUUGGGCUUCCUCUCAGAGUGCUGUUCACCAUCUCUAUACCCUGCAUCGGGGGGAGACCGAGGCCAAGGUCCAAGACAUGUGCUUUAGUCAGGACAGUCGCUGGGUAGCCAUCAGCACACUUCGAGGCACCAGCCACGUGUUUCCAAUCAACCCUUAUGGUGGCGCACCCUGUGCCCGGACCCACAUGUCCCCGCGGGUGGUGAACCGGAUGUCACGCUUCCAAAAAAGCGCCGGCCUGGAGGAGAUCGAGCAAGAGCUGAACAGGGCGGCUGCUGUUGGUGGAGGAGGAGCUGGAGGCAUGGGAGGAAGCAGCUGCAUUCUGGGUGGAGGAGGUGGCAUGGCCGGCCGCUGCAGUCCCAUACCUGGCAUGUCCAGCAGCCCCUCUGGGUCUCCACUGCAUGCCAAGCUGAGCAACCAGGAUUCAUACAACAACUUCACCAACAACAACAUGGGGAAUCCUCGGCUCACGCCGCUGCCCAGCCUCACCGUGGUGCUGCCUCUGGCUCAGAUCAAGCAGCCCAUGACUCUGGGCACCAUCACCAAGCGCACAGGACCUUACCUCUUUGGGGCGGGAUGUUUUGCCAUUAAAACUCCAUGCAAAGCUAAACCACCACCCCAGAUCUCUCCGAGCAAAUCCAAUGGAGGAGAGUUUUGCGUUGCUGCCAUCUUUGCCUCGUCCCGCUCCUGGUUCCUCACAAAUCCAAACAUAAAGAGAGAGAAAGAUCAGUCCCGGCAGUCAGUUGUGGACUCACUGUACAUAAUCAGUUGCUAUGGUAAUGUGGUGGAGCAUGUCCUGGAGCCUCGGCCAAUUAGCACUGCACAAAAGAUUAGCGACGAGACUCCGCUGGAGCUGAACACAUCUCCCAGAGCAUGCUGGACCUUAGCCAGGACUCCGCAGUGGAACGAGUUGCAGCCACCUUUCAGCUCCAACCACCCGUUGGUGCUAGCCUCGGAUCUGGUUCAGUACUACCAGUAUCUUCUCGCUGGGAUUCCUCCCAGCAGCCCGGGUCCAAUCACACGUCAUGAGUCAUCCGACAGCUUGGCAUCAGACCACAGUGGCCAAGACGAUGAAGAAUGGCUCUCUCAGGUGGAGAUAGUGACCCAUACUGGCCCCCACCGUCGCCUGUGGAUGGGCCCCCAGUUCCAGUUCAAGACGAUUCACCCUUCAGGUCAGACCACAGUCAUCUCCUCAUCAUCCUCAGUGCUCCAGUCCCACGGCCCCUCCGAUGUACAGCAGCCCCUUUUGGACUUUGACACAGAUGACCUGGAUCUACGCAGCCUUCGAAUCCAGCCUGUACGCUCUGAGCCAGUCAGCAUGCCCGGUUCAUCUCGGGUGCUGACCGACCGCAGAGGUCAAACCAACAUCAUGGAUGCCGGCUCAGGUUAUUCCUAAAAACAGAAGCUCCCUGCUCUACCAAAACCAUUUCAGUUAAUUUUUAUUCUUAUGUUUAUACAUCUUCCAAGCAUACAUCAUUACCUAUGCAUUUCCAUCAACCCACCCUGUCUCCCUCACUGCCCAGCCAUUGUUUUCUCAUUAGUGUGUGUGAGAAGAGGCCAGGCGGUUGGAGGAGGAGGAGGAGAAGAACAUGACCAGCUUACGACUUGUUUGUCUCUGUUUGUCUGUCUGACAUUUUUCUGCAGGUAUGACCCUAAAAUUAGUACUUAAAAAAAAGAAAAAAAAAACUUGUCUUUUCUUAAAACAAAAAUAGAAGAAAACAUAUUUUUUACUUCCAUCUGAUAGUAAACUAACUACUUUAAUUUCUGCUUUAUUUUAACAAAUGGAAGGUUUCAGGUUCUUUCAACCAAAAUGGCCUCUUCCUGAGAAACUCAUCAGCCUUUAACAGAACAGUGGACUGAGCUGUCUCUUGUCUUGCAGCACAGUUUUUGUUGUUGUUUUUUUGCUUUGAACAAAUAUUUGCUUUGUAGGCAGAUGAUACAGCAUGCAUCCUGAUUCCAGCUCAAGAUGAGAUGGAAUAAAUGAGCACAGGAUGGAGGAAAACAUGUUUAAAUGUGUUUAAAGGCGGAGGCAGUUCGAUUUCCCUAAUAUAUUUGAUUUGUGAUUUUCAAACUUUUACAAAACCUCGCUUGAAAAAGAAGUGGGAUAUCAAAUUCAAGUUAGAGUUUAUGAACAGGUACUCUCACUCUGAUUUCUUAUUGCACAUUCUUAACAUUCUGAUCAAUUAGCUUUUUUUAAAAUGUUUUUUUUAAUUAUUAUUUCUCACUAAUCCAUCAUGUCUGAGCAGUAACAGACUGGCACAAUAGCAGUCUUUGGUCUUUAUAGGAACUUUAGGAGAAUUUCUUAAACCUCCUGUCUAAUAGCAGGAGGUUUUAUUGUGAUAGAAUGUCAGUGAUAAGGAGAUACAAUCCUCUGGAACUGUGGGAUGCUUCAGAAGAAAAUAUGUAGAUUUUAAUGGUAGUUUCUUCAGUCAGAAACUACCAUCAGGAUAUAUUUUUAAUUUGUUCAGAAAUUAAAACAUAGUUUGUAUAUCUUUAAAUCCUUUUGAGGGAAAUAAAAAACUAACAUAAUUUGUAUCAUAGUUUUGCAAUAUGGAAUCCUUUUGGUGCAUCUGCAGUGUCAACCACAAACACAAUUUUGCCUUUUAUAGAUAUACCAACUGCAAAAUAUAGAUAUACCAACUGCAAAAUAUAAAUAUACCAACUGCAAAAUAUUUCUGGAGACAGUUCGUCUCAAGUAACAAAAAUGAGUGUGACAGAGACUUAACCUAAAUGUCCCGUUUACUCUUAUUAGACUAAUUUUGACUUUAAAAUGUGAACUUGAUUGUUUUGAGACUAUAAUUUAAAAAAUGAUAACAAAUGUAAUGACUCUUUUCCUUUAAAUUUGUAAGGCAUUUUUCUCCUGCUUUUUUGUGUGAAGGUAGGACAUUGUUGGAAACAGCAUAUCAUUUCCUAAAUGUGUGGUUUUGUAAUUCAGCUAAAUAUUUCAGUUCCACUGUCUGAGCCAGCUCUCAGGUUCAAUCCCAGCUACACAGGUUAGCAUACAGUGAUGUUCUGCCCAUGUACUGAUCCAGUAAUGUAUACCUAUGUACUCACUGGUUAACUGUGUAUAGUUGCCAUAAUGUGUGUAUGUAUAAAAUGAAGUACACUUGUAAAUAUUGAAUGGUUGUUUAUUUGUAUGGUCUUGUGUUUGAUUGAUUAGUAAACACUGAAGGUGUACAUACUCUAUACAUGUUUGAGCUGAACUUUGGAAUUUUGUUUUGCUUUGAUUUGAAGCAUGUGACUGCAUGCACCCAGCACACGUCUUCAGUUGUACAUACUGGAGCAUCAUGUUGAGCCUGUGUAGUGUGUAUGUGGGGGGACAAAGGACAGUUUCAGAUUAUGUAAGCGUCUGAGUUAACUGUUCAAAACAGGGUAGGUGUGUGCGGGUGUGUGUGCGUGUGUAAUUAGUACUAGAUAUAUAGAUGAUUGAGGAUUAUUUGUGUUCCCUUGGUUAAGAUGAAUAAAUAAAAACUGAUGUAAUGGAUAUAUACUGAAAGGUU